AUGACGAUGUCCAUGCCGAACAUUGGUUGGAACAGCCAGGUGGACUCUGCGAAGGCACGAGAGAACAAAGUUUCUGUCGAUCACCUGCAUGGAGAGUUCAUGAAGGUUCUGGAUACGGUCGAGGAGAUAAAAAUGGAGAAAGUAGAAGCAGCGGAGGAGGCCAAACGCUAUGCGCGGGAACGUCGCCUUCGCGAAGAGGAGCUAAGGCUGCAGGCUGAGCAGGGCGCACGAGACUCACCCGAGAAGCAGGCCCUGUUGGGCUUGCCAGACGUUGCUCCAGGUGAUGGGGCCGCCAAGGUGAGGCCCCGCAAGAAGAAGGGACAGAAGAAGGAGGACGUUUUCCAGGACUUCGGGAAGGAGCAUGACGACGCCCCAAUCCAGGAAAUUAAGAAGAACGGCCUGGUCUUCUACCAUCUGAACUACAAGCGCUACUGGCAGUCAGAUCGGGAUUUGGAGAGAUGGGCUAAGUCUCUUGGGCACAACAUCCGGCACGAGAAGCUGCUCUUCGAGGUGCGAAACCGCUGGGCCGAAGAUCUUCUUGGCGAUCGGAUGGAGCUGAAGAUCCGACACAAUCCUCUUGUCAGGUCACGCACGCAGGAGAGACUCAGACCGACCACCGGUGUGUCGGUGGCCUUGCAGCUCAAGGACCUGCAAAAGCAGCUGGCGCCGAAGGACCAUAAGAAGAAGCGGGUCAUGGCGGCACUGGCCCACAAACCGGGUGGCAUGUUCGGUCAAUUCUUCGGUGGGGACGACUCGCAGGCCGUAGACGACGUCGGAGAGCCCCUUGCUUCCCGAGGCGACGGCCAGGUCGACGAGCUGGCAAGGGUGAGCUAUGUGGGACGAGAUAGCAAAGACGAGAGGGGCUGGCUGUAUGGCAGUCACAACGACUGCGAGGGCUGGCUUCACUCGGAUGCGGUGGUUCCCCUAACCUUCCCAGAGCCGCCAGACCUGGACAGACUUUCCAGGAAACUGGCAAGCCUUCUCCGGUAUCCAGAUUCGCGCAUACUGAUCCGAGAAGAUGGAUGGGCGUCGGUGGAUCAAGUGAAGACGGUCAUGCCUCAUCCGGACUGGAUCGAGCAUGUAGUUGCCAGAAGCAUCAACAAGGACGGAAUCGGACGCUUUGAGUUCGAUGAGACACGUGACAAAGCUGCAUGGUCCAUUGUGUUCUUGAGCUUGUGCAGGCCAGUUCAUUCGCGCGGCGACCCGCUCGGCCUUCAAGACGACCCGCCCUACAAUCCCGAAUACAGCCAUUGCCAGUGUGGCAAAGUUGUUGCUCCAGCGCGAGCGCUGUAUGACGUCAUGCUGAAGCCGGUGAUGUCACUGGAUGAAGUGCAACCAGGUGGCACCUACCUGGUGAAGGGUUUGGAGGCUUUCGAUCCGCCGAGGCUCCUCUUCAACCACCGGCCAGCUCAGGGACCGUCGCUGCGGACCUUGGCACGUGCCCAGCCCUUAGUGAUGGGAGGACUUCAAGAGCAGGCCAAGCAAGCAGUGGCAGGAGACCGGGACAUGGUCGAACACUUCUCGCAGGUGCCAUCGCUGGCCUCACAGAAGACUCGUGCCUCCCUUGAGAGGGAGCCCUUGCCCACUGUGCAAUCGCCGCCCUGGCUGUCGCAGGAAGGCAUGCCAGAAGUAGAGCCGCGGAAAGGGCAAUGGCAGGUGGACGACUUCCUCCAGCACAAGUUGAGCUGGAGCUGCCAAGGUGCUGCAGUCAUCGUACAACCGGCACCAAAAGCGGAUCGACCGCUUUGCGGCCACAUCAUCCACCUGAGCAUGGUGCCUGGCUUGCAGAAGAUUCAAGGGCUCCGAUGGCUGAGCAGCUGGAGACAUGGCAAGACACCGAGGGGAAGGAUCGUCAGAGGGCACUUCUGGGCCAAAUUCUUCUGCCGAGCAGGCUUUGCAGUUUUUUGUCCUGAUUGUCCAGAGGACUCUCGCCACCGGGUGCUGGUCACGAAGACUGCGCCUCCCAUCCUGCUGCUGGAGCUCAAUGCUGUGGCCACCUUCAACAUGAUGGACCCGGACACCUCUCAAGACAUCGUCUUUGGCAUGGAUGCCGUCAAUCAGUUGAUGAAGAAUCCAAAGGCUCUGAAUGGUCGGCCUCUCGCCUACGUCAUCCAGGGCUCUGGUCCGCACUUCUGUCCAGGCGGGAAUCCUAAUCCGAAGCUCUACCCGGGGCACAUUCCGUUGACAGUCAAUCAGUAUGCGGGUUAUUUGCCCUUCAUCAGAUGCCGAGAGAUGGCCCUUCCAGGCAUCUGUGCCUUGCAUGGUUCUCUAGUUGGCGGUGGUGUUGCCUACUCUCUCAACAACCCGGUCCGCUUCGCAGAUAGCAAGGCUUCAGCAUGCUUUGGAAAUCUGAGUCGUGGAGCUGUACCUGGUAUGGUGCUCUCGUCCAACAUCCCGCAGGCACUCGGGCUUCAAGGGGCCUUGGACAUCUACCUGACGGACAACACCUACAGCACAUAUGCUUGCGUCAAAGCUGGAUAUCUCCAUGGCGUCCAGGCCAGCAUUGCUGGGGUUAAGCAAGAGGCGCUCAAGCAGGCCAGACGCCUUGGGCAAGCACCCUUCGGCCAGCGCAUCGUAGGCAUCAAGCCUGAGCUGGACGUGGAACGCUUCGGCUUGGAGGCGUGGGCCAUUGACUUGGGAGCACGGACGGAAGGAGUCUUCCGGAACGUUGGUGCGAAGAGCCCCAAAGAGAUGGAAGCUGAAGAGAAAGCCAAGGAGCGGGAAGCCAAGCUGGCGGCCGAGGGUGGCAAAAAGCAGGAGGAUUGGAACGAGUGGCGCAAGAGGCAGAUCCAGCCAAAGAAGCGCCCAAAGCGACGCGCACGUCGUCCUGCUGCCCCAGCAGGCUGA